GCGUAGGACGUGGCAGCGCGGCGGGGCAGGCACGGCACGGCAUGUGUUUUUGGCACUGGGUUGGGUGUGCCAGGGUGCCACCUCAGUCUGGGGCGCCACGUGGGUGUGUGCAGGGUGUAGGGUGCCUGAGGGAGUGCCAGCGAGGGCGGGAUGGGCGGGGGCACGUGUGGGCAGUGUGGUAAGCAGGCGGAACAGCGGUGUACGGGUUGCAAGCAGGUGUUCUAUUGCAGCAGGGAGUGUCAGAAAGCAGGAUGGAAGGUUCACAAGGACGCGUGCAGGCCCUUCACGGUGACACGCAACAAGGAGGUGGGUCGCCUGUUGGUGGCAUCACGUGACCUGGCCGUGGGUGACGUUAUACUACGGGAGGUGCCGCUGGUGAUGGGCCCCAAGCAGGACACCGACCCGCUGUGCUUGGGAUGCUACAGGCGCCUCACGGGGAGCUACAGGUGUUCGCGGUGCACGUGGCCGCUGUGUGGGCCGCAGUGUGAGGCCAGCGCGGCGCACCAGCCCGAGUGUGAGGUCACCAAGGCGGCGGGCAUCACCAUUAGCCUCAACGACACCGGCGGGUCACAAAGCCAACUCUACGAACUGGUCACGCCGCUCAGAUGCGUGGUGGCUGCGGGGCGGGGCGGGACGGCGGGUCAGCGGUGGCGUGCCAGCUGCGAGCGCCUAAACAGCCCCCGCCCUCCCCACACCCCUAACGCCAGCCCCCUGCAACAGCAUCACCAGCUACAGAUCCAGCAGGAGCAGACCCAGCAGCUGCAGCAGGUGGCCACGGCGCUCAGAGACACCUUCCGCCUGCAGAACUACCCCGGCGUGGACGUCUCCGAAGCCGCCAUGCUGCACGUGCUGGAGCUGCUACAGGUAAACCAGGUGCCUACAAAGGUGCCGUACGCGGAGGUGACGGCACUCUACCCCAUGGCGUCCCUCGUGAGCCACUCCUGCACGCCCAACACACGCCCGCAGUGGAAGGAGGGCGCGCUAACACUCCUGGCGGCGGACCCCAUACCCCGCGGCGAACCCAUCACCGCGCUCUACACGGACAUCCUCUGGGGCACGCGGGCGCGGCGGGACCACCUGAGGCACACCCGGCAGGUCACGUGUACCUGCCGCCGCUGUGCAGACCCGACUGAGCUGGACACUUACUUCUCGGCGCUGGUGUGUCGGCGCUGCGGCAAGGACGUGCUGCCCUCCGCCCCCAUGGAAGACACGGCGCCCUGGCUCUGUCGCGGGUGUGGCCAGCAGGUCAGCGUGGAGGAAGCCCUACGCACAAGCCUGGCUCUGGGCGCAGCGGUGGAGGCAGCGCUGGCGUCCCCGACCAUCGAAGGCUUGGAGGCGCUGCAGCACGAGUGGCUGGGCAAGGUGCAUCGCAACCACUACCACCUACACGCCGUCAAGCACUCCCUCCUGCAGCUGUACGGCCGCUCGCAGGAGAAGGCGGAGGAAGGGGAGAAGGACGCCCAGCACUGGAGGGAGAUCGCCAAAAAGGAGGCAGCCUGCAAGGAGUUCCUGACGGUGUGUUCACGCCUGGACCCCUCCACCGCCCACACCGCGCACUGCGUCGGCCUGACCUUCUACGAAUACCACAAGACCAUCCUGCAGAGCGCCCAACGGCACUUCGCGCUCAACCAAAUCUCACGGCAACAGCUAAAGAAGAGAAUGUUGCUGUCCAAGGCGCUGCUGAAGAAGACGAUGGACAUAUUCCGUGACGAGGCGCAGGACACUCCAGAAGGUCAACUCUGCGACACGUGCGAGGAGGAAGUCAUCAGGAUCGGGAAGUGGAUGCUCGCUGUGGGUCUCCUAAAACAAAGCCUCAAAGUCAGCACCAGCACCAGCAGCACCUCCAGCAUGCCUGAGUCCGAGGGGUCCUGUGAGGUCUGCAAGAAACCCGCCCGCCAGUUCUGUUCCUCCUGUCGUGGCGUGUUCUACUGCAGCCGAGAGUGCCAGAAGCAGGAUUGGAAGAACCACAAGGGGAGAUGCAAGCCCUACGUCGUCCAGAACCACCCCGUCUAUGGCAGACACAUGGUGGCCACGAGGGACAUCCGUGUGGGUGAGAUCAUUAUGCGCGAUGUGCCGCUGGUGGUGGGGCCCAAGCAGCGCUCCCCCCCAUUGUGCCUGGGCUGCCAUCGCCCACCCGACGGCUCCUACACCUGCCCCUCAUGCCACUACCCCCUCUGUGGCCCGGGCUGUAGGGGCUCGGUCAGGCAUAAGAGUGAGUGCUCAGUGCUGUCCAAGGCCAAGAGCAAGCUGUCGGUGGACCGUUUUGACGCGCCACACCCCGCCUACGAGUGCAUCACACCCCUGCGCUGCCUGCUGCUCAGAGACGCCAACACUGCCGAGCCACGCCGCUGGGAGGCACUCACGCAGCUGCAGGAUCACAGGGAGGCGGUGCGGGCCAGCGAGAUGAACACCAUCAUACAGCGAAACACAAUAGACUUCCUAAGGGGUUUCAUGCAGUACGAUGGGGCCAGUGAGGAGGAGAUCUUCCGCGUGUGUGGUGUCCUCCUAGUGAACAGCUUUGAGGUGCGGCACAACGGCAGCAAGGUGCGGGCACUGUACCCCCAGGCGUCCAUGCUGGCUCACGACUGCGUCCCCAACACCAAGCACGCCUUUGAUUCCGACCUGACCAUGAUUCUGCGCGCCACGGUGGUCAUUCGCAAGGGCUCACCCAUCACCGCCACCUACACCAACACCUUCUGGAACACCAUGCAGCGGCGGAGACAUCUCAAGCUGAGCAAGUACUUCCUGUGCACGUGCCAGCGGUGUUCCGACCCCUCUGAGCUGGGCACCCACCUUGGCACGCUGCUGUGUGUGGAGUGUGGCGGCCACGUGCUGCCCACCUCGCCCCUGGACCUGGACUCCCCCUGGCUGUGUGUGAAGUGUAACCACUCCAUCCUGGCAAAGACGGUGUACUGGGGUGACAACAUCCUCCACAAGGAGCUCAAGGCCCUGGACCAGACACAGGCCAAGCCGUUUGAGGACUUCCUGGAGCACUACAAGAAGGCGCUGCACCCCGGCCACCGCUUCUUUGUGGAGGCCAAGUACGCACUGGUCAAGAUCUAUGGGAACUCACCGGAGCACAGAUACCGAGACAUGAGCCAGGAGGAGAUGGAGCACAAGGUGAAGUACUGCCGUGAGCUGCUGUCGCUGGCGGAGGUGUUGGCGCCAGGCCAGUCCCUGCUGCGCGGCACCCUGCUGCUGGAGCUGCAGGCGGCAUUGGUGGCACUCGCCCGCCUCCUGCUGUCCAACGAUGCCAUCACUCAGGACGGGUCAAUGGAAUACAUGACCGAGGCUGAGAAGCACCUCCAGGAAGCGUCGGAGAUCCUGAAGCACGAGCCGGAGAUGGAGAGCGGUGGCCUGGACAAGAAGCUUAAGACACUAUCCGAGGAGCUGGAUGUCUGACGGAUAGGACGGAUAGGCUUGGUGGAAGAGUGCACUAGCUGAUGGAAAGAUUGAAUGUAGGUAACUCUCUCUCUCUCUCUCAUUUCUUUUUCUGUUGCACUUUUUUUUUUCUCUUGCUCUCUCUCCUUUCUUUUAUCUUUCAUUGUUUCUCUUCAUUUGUUCUCUCUCUCUCUCUCUCUCUCUCUCUCUCUCUCUCUCUAGUAGGACUGGCACUGCAAGAAUACAUUCACACACAUACAUACAUACAUGCAUACAUGACAAAUAUACAUACAUUCAACUAGUCAUAUUUUACAUGUUUUCCAAGUGUGUGUAUGUGUGUCAAGUAGGUAUGCAUGAUGUAUAAGAAAAGACAUGGUAGGACAUAAAACUUUAGACAAAGGUUAGUGAGAUAUACUACACCUACAACUACAACUACUACUUCUACUACUACUGCUACUACAGUGGCCUUGUGUCCAAUGCAGGAAUGUGAUCAAAGAUUGCUUCACUCAAAGAACUUACAGGAAAGAUUAAUUUUGGUGGAGAAUUUCUGAAAAUUACCUUACCCUAACCCGUGAACUUCCGUCCGGUCAUUACCGUCUAAACGUGCUCAGUGUCAGUGGUUGGUGCGGCCAGUACUGUCCAACUCGUGCGACCCCAUAUUUGAGUAAUUGGAAGGUUACUCCUGGGAGUGUCAGGGAUGGAUGCCAGUCAUCACAAAUAGGUUUUUGUAACCAAAGAUUCCCAGCAACAAUGAAUUUUGAGUGAAAAAAAUAAAUAUUAGCAACUACAAGGGUAUGAGAGGAGCUCACUAAUGCAGUCCCCAUCCUCUUUUGUUGGACAGGUUAAAUAUAUAAUAAAAAUCCAUAAAGAUCCGUCCUUGGCGUGGGGGAAGGCAGACUGCUCUAUCCAGGCUACACAGAUCCAGGUAAAAAAUGCAGUUCUGUGCACCACAUGGCCGGCCCCACUCACAUUACUGGCCGGCACCACACCACACAUCCGGCUGAGUGGCCCAAAGAUAUACUCUUGGCCAGUGCAGUGCAUGAUGAACAACUUUUCCAAGUGUUAAAGAAAUCUCACAUUUGUGCCAAUUAUCAGCCAGGAUUUGUUGUGCACUGGACCAUUUCAAAAGCAUUAGUACAGCAAUUUUUUAAAUAAUUAAAGAAAAUGCCACAAUAGAUAUGAAACGCACCAGACAAACAUGGAUGCGAGGCCACUGUACUACUACUACUGCCACCACCACCACCACCACUACUUCUACUACCAUUAUUAUUAGUAACAAGAGUAAUCAUUGUAUUUAGUGUAUAUAUAUAAAAAGAAUGCAUUAUUACACAAUGUAAACUAGACUUGAGUGAAUGACCAUCUGCCCAAACCUUGCAAGUCUAGUAAAUGUUCACCGUUUGUUCAGUUGGUCCAGGAAUAAAUGAAAAAAAGAAGUCUUGUUAUCCUUCAUUCUCAAACUUAUUAUUAAACCAGUAAACUAUGAAUAUAUGAUAAACUCUUCUCAUUAGAGCUCUAAACUAUGAAUAACAUGAUAAACUCUUGCUAAUACCUUUUUUUAAACAAUGACAAAAAAACUUAAACUAUCAUAAUACAAACACCAAACCCAGCAACCCACUUAAACAGAAAGAAUUUGCAUGACACUACAACUAGGAUACCCAAGCUUAACAUGUCUGGCAGAGCAGUUUGUGGCUAGUGCAAUCAGUGAGGUAUCUAUAGCAAAAGGAGAGUAUCAAGACCAGCGGUACCAAAUUACAUCGCAUUGCAUUUUCAUAGUUUCUGACAUUAAACUAUUGCAAAGAUGAAAAAACAAUUGCUAUAUAAAAGUUUCAGUGAUAACAUUAAUUUUCGAUCAUUAUUUGUGUAGGUAUGAGAGUUUUGGGCCUGAAAAUGAUAAAAUAUAAUGUGACAAUAUGACAAUUUGGCAACGCUGAUUAAGACGCCUCCCCAAGUGACUGGCCGUGCUACUUCUGAAUCUAUCCUCUGAACCUAAUAGACCUCUCUUUUGGCCUCUUGCUCUGUAUUUCUUUUGUUGGAGCAGCACUUGGCGGGAUUUUUUGUUGCUACUUUGUUUUAGCGCCCUUGAGCUGUCUCCCUUGCUGUAAGAAAAAAAGUGAGAGCAACACCAUUCCAAACUUUUUAUUUCAUGUUUUGUUUUUUUCACUAUUUAACCCGGUAGUAGCGGGGAUCGUGUUUCUUAAUGGUCCCUCCAAGCGAGAAAAAUGAGGAAAAAUCACCCCUCACACAAACCAUUUCAUAAUAUAUAUCAAAACAUUUGUGAUCAGAUUAUGUAUCAUCUAUUUUGGGGGGUUUAUAUCAUGACACAAAUUUGGCCCGUCGCUGCUACCGGGUUAAGCUGUUUCAUCUUCUAUUAUAAAAGAGUGGAACAGCCUAGGGUCUGCCUAUGAGGGGAGGCAAGUUAUCUGUGGGGGUCCCCAGCGCCCAUACAGAAUAAUCACAUGUUACUUUACAUUGCAUUUUCUUGCCCUUUAAAAUCUAAUACAUGGGGUCCAUUUUUCUCUGGUUUCUGUGCCUCCAACCCCCUCACCUUGGCUUGGUCCCCGGGCUAAUGGCUAGUUCAACAGUCCAACAAAGUGGCUUUAUAAUUGCCCAAACUAAACUAUUCAAUCUACACUCCAUGAUGGUGAGGUUUCCGAUGCAACACCUGAUACACAAGAGACUUCCUGUGUGUGGUUUCCUCAACUUUUUUAGCUUAAA